AUGCGUGGACGUCGUGGUACAUUGUUAUUAUUUUUUACUUUUUAUAAAUUAUCGGAGUCGUAUAAUAUCCAGAACCAUCCAUGUUGUCAAGAGCCAAGCGAAAACAUUACGCUCAGCAUGAUUAUCGAUGCUUACGAGAUAUAUGGGCACGAUCCCACGGACAAACUCGACCAUCUUGCUCACUAUCAGAUAGAAAUGAUGAAGAUCAAAAGAGCACCGGAUCAGUUUUUAAUCAACGAACACGUGCAUAUCGCUACCGAUCAUUUGGGGAGGUUUAUUAAUUUACACAUCAAAGAGCUGAAGGUUUUGUUGAUAGCAUUAGAAGAUGCAAUAGACAACAUGUUAACCAUGUAUGACAAUCAUAACGCUAUUAAAACAGAGAGAGUGGCAACGUAUAACACGGCAGCGGGUGGGGCCGUGCCAUCUGAGUUUUAUUUGAGUCAAGAAUACUAUUGCGGCAAAAAUGUCUACCUUUUUGUAUCUGAAUUAUAUAGUGAUAUAUAUAAUAUGGGCAAAGGUCCGGCGCCAUACUGCAAGAGUCGAGGGUUCCAUUUCCUCGGCUUUGUGCAUUUUAUGGACGAAAAUAAGUAUUAUCUGGAAGAGGAUCCCAGCAUUGUGUUUCAGACGGACAAUUAUAUUCACGGCCUGGAGUGCCACCUUGGCAUUUGCAUUUUCAGGUUCCCGUUCAAAAAGAACUUGCAACAUAUACGUGACGUGUCCACCUUGCCCAAGGCAAUUAUCAAAUGCGGCACUGACAUGUACAAGUUACCGCCACUGACUGCAGCGUCCUGUAUCAUCACCUCAGGCUCCUUCAUCCUCGACUUCAACAUUCAGGGCAUGCGAUUCCGGCAUUUCGACUAUCUGUUGAUUCUUCCCAACGGUCACACAUAUUAUACCAAAGAAAGGUAUUCGCCGUUAGUUUGCGACCACCACGUCUGCGAGUGGAAUAACACGAACUUUUAUGGAGGACCGUUCAUAAUUCCCGGUGAUCCUGGAACAGGUCUCUCUCCUAUUCCGCCAUUUAUUGAGCAAACCACCGAAGCAUUCACCUCGCCUUCGACGGAAAAUCCCAAUGAGUUCAAUCCAAAUAUUACGUAUACAUUGGACGGCUGUUGGUUCAUGUUCCCGCCGAAUUACGGCUCGAUAGCGGGUAUCAGCUACCUAGACCCGCUAGCCGUCAACGAAUACCGCUACACGUGCCAGGGAUCCGGGAAUAAUAAGGGAUUGUACUGGUAUCCGCAAUGGAUGGGCGCUCCACCCCACCAUCCUUACCCACAGUCGGGUGACCUGCCUGUGCAAAUGGGCCAAGGGCCCUCGGGUCCUUUCUACCCACACCUACAGGGGGCUGUACCGCCUAAAGUGAACGGCAAU